GUCGCCAACAUGGAUAAAAUGACGAAGUGUCUGAUGUUGACACUUGUAAUUGUUACAACACUGUUUAUGCCGCUAUCUCAGGGGCGAAUUUUCGACCUGGAUUUAAAGGCAGAUGAUCGUCGAGAGAUACCCCUGAGUACAUUUGGCUUCCUCAAGAAAGGGACUCUGGCAGUCAAUAUGACUGCAUUUGCUGUCAUUAGUCCAGAAGAUUUUGAUUACAAAGAUGCAGUGUUCGGGUUCACUCUCGACAAAAGUGGCAGCAAAGGAAUUUCCAGCUAUAUGGAGGACAAUCAGGGCAAGUGUAUCCUACAGUCACCACCAUCAAAACAGUACACAGACAACUCUGUCUCGAUUGUGUUCUUCAAGAUGAACUUCAAAAAGCUUGAGAUGACAUUGAUAAGAAGAGGGAAAGGCAUCAAGACACUCAUGAUCACAGAUGAUCAACAGGUCAUCAAUAGUCGACUUGGACGUCCUGUCAUGUCCAAGCCGAAGGUUCUCUUGGGAGACAAACAUCUGGUCGGGGGUACUAAAACCAAACGUGAAGCUGCCAAAUCGCCACAAGUCUCCACAACAACCUUAAACAGUGCAAAUGUUCCCAAGCCUUCAGCCAAGCCUGAUGUGAAUGUUAAAUCUGGUUCUACAGGAAAAAAAGAAGAUGUGAAAGAUACUUCUAAAGACAAACAAUCAGAUGUGAAAACUGGUUCAAACACCGAAAAGGAUACGAAACCUGAUUUAACAGAUAAUAAAAAAGAUGCAAAAUCGGCUUCAACAGACACACAAGGGUCCUUGAAACCAGCUUCAACAGACCAGACAGGAAAUACUUCAGCUAAGAGUGAGCCAGUUACAAGACAAAAGAUUAAGAUGCAGAGGACAAAGGCUGGAGAUUAUUCUGCCUAUUUUGGUGUGGCUAUAGAUACAGACGAGGAAGAAGGUCUGUACAACCUAUACUUCCAUAACUGUUAUAACUACCCCAAGGAGCUGACGGAUAUCCAUCUCAUGUUGAAGAUCACAGAGGCUAACGCCAACAACUACUUGUCUGCUGGGGAGAUGCCUAUACCUAAACUCUACUUCUGUCUCUUUGUUUUGUAUGUUCUGACAGCCAUCGUCUGGUCAACAAUCCUGAAGAGGGGGAGUGAUGAUGUGUACAAGAUCCACUAUCUUAUGCUGUCUGUGAUCAUGGUGAAGAGUCUCUCGUGUCUGUUCCGUUCUAUCAAUAGCCAUUUCAUCUCUGUGGAAGGAUUUCAUAGGGAAGCCUGGGCAGUCCUGUAUUACAUUGUAUACCUGACCAAAGGGGCGCUGCUGUUCUCCACAAUCCUUCUCAUAGGUGCAGGCUGGGCCUUUGUCAAACACAUCCUGUCUGUCAAAGAGAAGAAACUUUUCCUCAUCAUCUUACCACUUCAGGUUCUGGACAAUGUAGCCUUCAUCAUAGUGGAGGAGAGCCAGGAGGGCCAGUCUGUGUACACCAUGUGGAAGGAAGUGUUCAUCAUCAUUGACCUUCUGUGUUGUGGUGCUAUCCUCUUCCCAGUUGUCUGGUCCAUACGUCACCUUCAGCAAAGUGCUAGAACAGAUGGCAAGGCUGCCAUCAGUCUUCAAAAGCUCAAGUUAUUUAGACAGUUUUAUAUCAUGGUGGUGUGUUAUAUCUACUUUACACGGAUAAUAGCCUAUCUUAUAAAGAUAACUGUACCAUUUCAAUAUGAGUGGGCUUAUGACCUGUUCCGGGAGACGACAUCUUACCUGUUUUUCCUAGUGACAGGUUGGAAGUUCCGUCCUGCAUCCAACAACCCUUAUCUACAGGUGCCCCAGGAUAGUGAUGAUGAGUUAGAAAUGGAUGAAGUCGUGACAGAAUCUGCUGCACUGGACACAGUAAAACGUGUAAACCAGAAGGAGGAAUCGGGGACCCAACCUAAACAGCGGGAGAGCAGUCAUGAAUACGAUUAGAAAUGAACUCCAGACAGCGAGGGAGCUAUCAUAAAUACGAUUAGAAAUGAACUCCAGACAGCGAGAGAGCUAUCAUAAAUACGAUUAGAAAUGAACUCCAGACAGCGAGGGAGCUAUCAUAAAUACGAUUAGAAAUGAACUCCAGACAGCGAGAGAGCUAUCAUAAAUACGAUUAGAAAUGAACUCCAGACAGCCAGAAAGCUGUCAUAAAUACUAUUAGAAAUGAACUCCAGAUGUCGAGAGAGCUAUCAUAAAUACGAUUCGAUAUAAACUCCAGACAGCCAGAGAGCAGUCAUAAAUACAAUUUGAUAUGAACUUCAGACAGUGAGAGAGCUGUCAUAAAUACAAUUUGAUAUGAACUCCAGUCAGCGAGAGAGCUGUCAUAAAUACGAUUUGAUAUGAACUCCAGUCAGCGAGAGAGCUGUCAUAAAUACAAUUUGAUAUGGCCUCCAGAAAGCGAGACAGCUGACACAGAUAUAUCAACUAGGAUUAAAUUAAGUUGUAAAUAUUCACUCUGUACAUUAUAACUGUAUUAAUUUAAAGUGAUUAUCAAUAUAUCUAACAGAUGUCUUUAAGUGAAAAGACUUUUCGUACGGCUGUCAAAUUUGACGGGGGUGUUAUGGUAUGGUUUCGUCCAUCCAUUAUUCCGUUGUAAGGUUUUGUUUUCAGGAGAUCUCCUAUAUUUUUCUUACCAUUUCUUUGAAACUAGUUAGGAUUAAUUAUUAUGUUAUACAGUUGUGUUACACUUAACGGUGUUUCUAGCCCACCAUCAUCAGAUCGUGGCCUGAUCAAAUCGCCCUGCAUCCAUGGUAUGUCCUUAAACAAUGCUUGUUAUCGCUAUUUCUUGACAAUACCUGACAGGCAGCCAUCUUGGAUUUUGAAAAAAAAUUAUGAAACUUUGAUAUUGCUAUUUCUUAAUAAGUUGUGGAAGGAUAUUUCUGAAACUUGAUGUUUUGGUACCCCUUAGUCCCUAGUUGUACCAGUUCAAUUUUGAGAUUGACCAUGGCCAGUGAGACAAAAUGGCCGACAUGACGCCAUCUUGGAUUUUGAUAAUUGAAGAUAGCGUUAUUUCAUGAGAAGUACUGGAAGGAUAUUUCUCAAACUUCAUAUUUAGGUUCUCUUAGUUGCUAGUUUUGCCAAUUCAGUUUUGAAUCGGAUCCAGAGAAAAGAUCAGUCUUUCAUCGGACCAAUAAAAAUGAUUUAAUGGUGGGUGCCAAGAUCCCUCUGUGAUCUGUUGUCAUUUGACUAUUUUUGUAAAAGUUAUUGCCCUAUGUCAUUUUUGUUUGGAGAUCUCCUUCAUUUCAAGACUGAUUUCUUUGAAAUACUGUUAUCAAGUUAUAUAGUUGUGUUUCCCUGAACAGUAUUUUCAUUUGAUUAUUUUUGUAAUGAUAUUGCCCUUUGUUUAUUUCAGUAUUUGAAGUUCUUCUGGAGAUCUCCCCUACAUUUUUCGACCAUUUUUUUCGAAACUUGGUUGGCUUUAUAAUCAUGAUAUAUAUUUGUGCAAAAAUUACUGUCCAUUAUUUAUUACAAGUGCUUGAAUAUUGUUCGGAGAUCUCCCCGUACAGUAAUCCUCUGAUUUCUCUGAAACUUGGUAGGCUUUAUAAUCAUAUAUAAUAGUUGUGUUAACUGAGUUGGAAUCUAAAUCCUGAUAACUUGUAUUCCUCAAUUUGUUAGAAAUCAAACACUGACUUUGAAGGUCAGGGCAAUAACAUGCCACAUAACCACUCAUACAGUGUAAGGUGAUGUCAAUCUGAUUUCAAUGCAAGAAAUGUAGCAUAUAGCACUAUAUAACAUUCGACGGGCAAAUAUUGUUCCACUCCAUGAUACUCUUGUUAUUGUUUUAGUAUAAGUGAAUAAUUUAUGUGUUGAUGAAAGUCAGAGCUGUACAAGUCUGGGAUUAUGUUUUUGUUGUUGGUAUAACUAAUAAUUAUUAUAAAAGGGGAGUAAUGGUUUGGGACCACAGUGUGAUAUGAGCCUCAUUGGUAUAUUUAGACUUUCUCUAAGGAGAGAGAAGGAACAAAUCUUGUGUAACUAUGUAUACAUGUAUAACUGGCUUGUGUGAUGUCUGUAUCGUGUGUGUGUAAAGUGUUAGUGUGAUUGCUUAUGAGCACUAAUUUUUGAUUUUCAAUAAAUGAGUGAAAGAAGUAAAAGGUGAAAGUUUGAUUUAUUUACACUAUUGACUAUUGUAUUGCAAUUUUUUUUUAAGCAAGUGUAAAAUUCAGCACUUUAACAUAAAAAUUCCAGUUCUGGAAUAAGUGGGUAUAUUAUUUUUGUUUUUGUGAUUGGCUGGCAUAGAAUUAUUAAUUGAGCAUUCAUUUAGGAGCAGCUCUUCUUAGCUUACCUCGCCUGAAGAUUUAGAAUCAAAAUAUAUGGCUGGUAGAUAACUUGAAUGACGCCUGACAAUCUGUACGAAAAUGAAAUUACCUUGAUACAUGUUCAUGGUCAAAGGGUCAAAUUUGUUAAUACACCAAAACAAGUUCUUUUGAUUAAAGGGACACCAUCAUUAGAUUUUGCUCUUUUUCUUUGGGCAAGCAUUUGCAUACUUGAAAUAAGACUAUUGACAACAUUAUAUACCACUCAUUGGGAAAAAAUUGACAAUGACUUCAAGCUUCAAACUUUCACUGAUGAACAUCAAUGUUUUGAUCUGAGAUAGUCGAAUUAUCACAUCAUUUUUGUGGAACCUGCUUUUCAAUUAACUCUGAAGAAAGUAGAAACAUUUUUCAUGUUGAGUCGACAUGCACCAGGUGUCUGACCAUAGCUUCAUAACUCUGAAAUGGGACACACUUUAAAUAUAUAAUGAAGUUAUGAUUAGCUUAUAUAGUGAUGUGAUAAAAGACACUUAAAAGUAUUAGUUCUAUUUACGAAUUAAGAAUUUCUGCUUCUUCAACUAAAAUCUUGGGUACACAUGUAUACAUAUAGUCUAACAAAUUGUAAAUGAGGUGAUCCCAUUUGUACACAAGUGUUCCAACCUUUGCUAAUUGUACACAUGUUGUAAGUAAGCUUGUUCGUAAUAAGACAUCUUGUCUGUAAUUAGACAGCUCAUUCCUAAUAAUGCCACAUUGCAUAUUGUUUCCAUUAUGCAUCAAAUAUAUAAGUAUCAUGACACUUAUGAGAGAAAUAAGAAUGAAAUCUUUGAAGCCUAUUGUCUACAAUUUCUAAAUGUUGCUGUUUUCUCUGUCACAUUAUAUUAUUUUAUCAUUGUGUGAUUGAUAGUCAGAAUUAUACUUAUAAUGCAAUUUGCUUGUUAUUCAAAUAAAUAGUUUAUAUUUUUGUCUGUGACGUGUGUAUACUGUUGAUGAUGAUAGGGCUUUUUAUAGGUUUUUUUGUCAUAUUUCUAUAUCAUCAAACAUCUUAAGAAGGAAAUACAUACUUUUCAAACAAAAAUGAUAAAUGUAUUAAAGUUGUUAUUUAAUGAUACAAUAUAAUGAGUUUACUAAAUCACCUUUCUGUGCUUCAUGCUCAAUCUUCCUAUGUAUACCAACAGAUAAUUAAAAUCAAAGACAUGCUAUCUUUAAAACAUAUUAUGUUCUAUUGUAUACAUUAAAUUAAACUUAUGGAUUGUA